GCCUCUCACGCAUCAGCGUCACCUGGACGCUGCAUGAUUCCUGCGCCCUAGCCCUGCCCCCAGAGUCUUCUCCAGUAGGUCUGGGGCGGGGCCUGAAAGUUUGCAUUUCUACCAAGCCUGCUAACAAGCCACACUGCUGCCGCCCUUGAGAAGCUCUGACCGAGAUGCCUUUCCCCAGAGGCGCCCCUGCACUUGCCCCUCGAUUAGAGCAGCGGCUGACUCCUCCCUCCGCACGGCGCCCCGGAGCCUCGGCCCAGCCUGGUCCUGCAGAGAAUUCCCUGCCGCCGGCGUGGUCGGAUCCUGGGACCUCCCAACUCAAGAUUAAGUUGAGAGAUUGUGCUGCCUUGUAGAGGGAAGGCUUUAUUGGAAUUUGAACCAGAACUGGAGCGACUCUAGUCCAAAGAAUCCUGGGGGGUCUUGAUAAAGAUCCGACCCCCCCCCCCACGCGCCCCCCAGACACAGACCUCCCGUGGAAACACUCUUCGGGAGUCGCUCAAUAGACAGAUGAGCAAAGGGAGUCACAAAGAGGGCAAGUGACUUGUCCUAGGGCACACAGCACAUUACAGCAGCGGCUGGGUGAGAACCCAGGCUCCCUUCAGCACCGGGUGGGUCCCGCCCUCUGCACCUCGCUGCUUUUUCUGGGCUUCAAGGGGUGCCCCUCUCUUUCUGCCCCUUUCUCCCCAUCCCCUGCCUCCUUUCUGGUGACCGCAGCUGGGCCCUGGCAUUUUUAGCCGAAGCCGAAAUGGAGCCUCCAGGGACUGUAAUCUUGCAAAAGGGAGAAAAGUGGAGGAAGGGGCAGGGAAAGGAGGGGAAGAGAUGAAAACCUCAUGGCAGGCAGGGAGCAGGGAAUGGGAAGCCACGGAACGGUGGCCAAGAAGCGGGGGCGGGGCUUCUCCGGGGACCUGGCCACGGGCACCAUCACCCCUGCCUUUGACUGGGGAGAGCUCCCAUGGGAGCCCCAGAAACCACAAACCCUCCGAGGCCUUAGAAGAGCCUGCCUCUGCCCUCCCUCUGCGACAGCUCUGUGCUCCAGACCCGGGUGUACACGGUGGGGGCGGGGAGCUGGUUGGCCAGCUGCUUAGUUAGUUCAAGCUUCCUGCUCCUGGACUCGGAUUUCGGCUGCCAGCCCCAAGCCAGCCGGUGGGACUGGAGCUGGGGUGUGGACCAGGGGUAGACCGCUGCCCGGACCUGCCCUCCCAGGCCGGCUCCAGGAGGCCCUGGGGCCCGGCUGGGCCAGGUGAGGCUAACAGCUGGGAGAUCUGUCCUGGCACCAAGGAUCCUGUCGGGGGGCAGGCGAGUCAGUGGGGGCAGGGCUCCUGGAAUCCGGAUCAGCAGGUCGAGCUGGAGGCCCUCCACCCCCAUGUCACCCGGAGAAAAACCGGACCCACUUCCCGACAACUUCAUCCUGCAGCCACCAGUUUUCCACCCGGUGAGCAGCCACUGUGGUCUGGAAUCUCCAGGUUUCGGGGCUCCCCCCACCCCAGCGGGGCCCAGACUCCCCGGCGGUGGGUGGAGAGGCCUUUAAUCUUGGGCCCUUCUCCCCCUGCACCUGUCCACAGACUCUGGAAGGCCCUCCUGAGCUUAGCAAAGUAGCUGACCAGCUAAUUCCCAUUUGGGUGGGAACGAUCGUUGAGCUCACGGGGUCCUCACAUUUUAAAAGCAGUAGAGCCUGCCGGGAGUCAGUGCCGUGCUCCUGCUGCAAGACACGGGGCUGGAAGGCUCUGGGCUCCGGGGUAGUACCCCUGGGGGGAGCCACUGAGUACCUAGGGUACUCUCCUCUCCAGCCUGGAAGAGAGUCAGGUUAUCCAACUCAGGGAUGGCCGUGGGGGUCCCCUCACUUCGUCCUCUUGCUCAGUGCCCUCACAGAUUUUCUGUUUUUUGUUUUCCUUUUAAAUGUUUGCUUAUUUUGAGGUGGGGAGGGGCAGAGACCGAGGGAGAGAGAGAAUCCCAAGCAGGCUCCAUGCUGAUAGCACGGAACCCAACACAAGGCUCGAUCUCACGAACCGUGAGAUCGUGACCCAGGUGGAAACCAAGAGUGGGGCGCUUAACCAGCUGAGCCACCCAGGCGCCCCCUUGCCAAUUUUCUGAAGUCUGGCCCUGCUUUACGGAAGGCUGACCGCCCAGCACACUCCGCCCUCCCCUCACUGAGCACUAAUUAUCACUUUCUCUUUGCUUGGCCCUCUCCCCCCAGGAGAGCUGCAUCAGGUCCCUAGUUAUAGGCCAGGCCCAGAGCCUGGGAAGUGGGAGGGACUGAGGUGCUGAGCCCGGUCAGCUGUGGGCCCUCUGGAGCCUGUGGGGCCCCAGCAUCUCCCCAGUUGCCUGAGUAACGGGGUGCAGCCGCUGCCCAGGUCACGACCACUCCUCUCUUUGCACGCUGCCAGCUCCUGCCUGGAGGGCAGCACUGUUGGGGCUCAGCUCCUUCUAGAUGGUUCGGGCUUCUAAAGGCUCCUGCGAGCUGGAGAACACACGUAUGCCCACGCGUAGCUGCUACAUGUUCACAUUCGUUCUGCAGACACCUAUUCAGAGCCCAUGCUGUGCCCCGCCAGGCGCUGAGCACAGAAGGGGAAGACAGGGCUUCAGUUUUGAGCGGCCUGGGCCUCCCGGGCCCCUGGUCUCCCUUUAAGCCAGCCAACCACCAAGCCAGCCAUGCGAGUGAAGUGUGCUGGGAACAGCAGGGAAAGGAAGGGAAAACUCGGGCGCCAUAGUGGACAAUGCUUGGAGAAGGUGUCGGAGAACCUUGAAAGUCAAGUUGGAUUUCACAGCGUGGAGGGAGAGCACAGGAAGCAGGCCCGAAAAGGUGGUUCCUUACGUGACGACAAUUUUCGGUGGCCUGCGUGCAGGCAAGAUGGUCACGCUCCAGGGAGUGGUCCCUCUCGACGCACGCAGGUUCCAGGUAGACUUCCAGUGCGGCUGCAGCGUGCAUCCCCGGCCGGACAUCGCCAUCCACUUCAACCCUCGCUUCCACACCACCAAGCCCCACGUCAUCUGCAACACCCUGUACCUCGAGCGCUGGCAGGCCGAGGCCCGGUGGCCCCGCCUGGGCCUGCAGAGAGGAGCCAGCUUCCUCAUCCUCUUUCUCUUCGGAAAUGAAGAAAUGAAGGUGAGCGUGAACGGACAGCACUUUCUCCACUACCGCUACCGGCUCCCGCUGUCCCGUGUGGACACCCUGGGCAUAUUUGGUGACAUCUUGGUGGAGGCCGUUGGGUUCCUGAACAUCAACCCAUUUGCAGAGGGCGGCAUUGAGUAUCCGGUCGGAUAUCCCUUCCUGCUGAAGAGCCCCAGCCUGGAGGUGCCCUGCUCUCGGGCCCUUCCCAAGGGUCUCUGGCCGGGACAGGUGAUCGUACUGCGGGGGCUGGUCUUGCCAGAGCCAAAGGACCUCACGCUGAGCCUGCGGGACCAGGCGGCUCAUGUGCCUGUGACGCUCAGGGCUUCCUUCGCAGACAGAACUCUGGCCUGGAUCGCGCCCUGGGGUUGCAAGAAGCUGAUCUCGGCCCCCUUCCUGUUCUACCCCCGGCGAUUUUUUGAGGUGCUGCUCCUGUGCCAGGAGGGAGGGCUGAAGCUGGCGCUCAACGGGCAGGGCCUGGGGGCCACCGGCGUGCACCGGCAGGUCCUGGAGCAGCUGCGGGAGCUCCGGAUCAGUGGCAGCGUCCAGCUCUACUGUGUCCACUGCUGAGGAGUGAGCCAGGGGCCCCGCCAGGGAGGAGGAGGACCAGCCCACGCCCGGCACCCCUCGAAGCGGCUCCGCUCUCCUCCCUUCGAUACGCUGUGCGCCUGUCACCCCCCUGCUUUCCGAGGCCCCAGCCUGGGAUUGGCACCCCCUGCGCGCACUCGCAUCUCAUCCACAAGCACUCGGUCCCGGGGCCACGCUGUGUGCAAGGAAGGCUAAAAAUGACUCUCCAGCGGGAUGGCCGUGUGCCCGGCCACGGUGCUACUGCUGUGAUUCCUGGUGUAUCUGGGGCGUUCCUGGUAUGUCUGUUUAUACCAUCUGAUUCUGUGGCCUCCACUUCCGGUGCUAUUUUUCCUUGCCUGCUUGCUGUCGGGUUGAUGAAAUCUUUAUCACCCUCCCUACCUUUUUUCUCUUCUACUGGGUUGGAAGUUAUAACUGCAUUUACACUUGUAGUGGUUUUCCUUA